AUGGCGCCGGAAAAGGAACACCUGUACGACCCCGUCGUCCCCAUACCGACCUACGAUGAAGCCGUCGCCGGCACAAGCCGCUCGGCCUUCGAGGCCGAGUGGACCCCCGUCGACCACGCCGACCACCACGACGAGGCAGAGGGCCACUCGCUCCUGACCUCCCGCCCGGCGACCUCCUCCGCCUCCUCCUCCUCCGCCCGCCGCCCCGACGGCUACCGACCCCCGACCGUCGAGACGGACGACGAGGACGACCUGUGCGGCUCGCUGUCGGACUCGGAUGCGGACUCGGAGGCCGCCGAGGUGCGCCGCGAGAUGCAGGAGAUGGAGAUCGUUGACGCGGACGCGGACGCGGAUCACCGCUCGCGCAACCUGUCGUCCAUAUGGGGCAAGCGCAUCGGCUUCGCCCUGUCGCUGCCGCAGUGGCGCUGGAGGUGGCGGUGGCGCCUGCCGCGGAUGCGCAUCCGCCUGGGCGAGGACCGCGGCGGGGGCCGAGGCGGCGGCGCGGGGGCGGCGGAGGAGACGCCCCGGAGAUCGUGGUGGCCGGCCAUGUCGUUGCCGUCGAUCAACGGUACGGGUUCGCUGAUUAUCUUCGGGAGGAUGCUGGCUGUCGUGCUGUUGGUCGGGUUUCUCUACCUGCUUUUCCUGAGCGACCUCUUCGCGAAUAUGGCGAGGCGAAUGGGGAGCCAGAUGUUCGAUCCCGAGAGCGUGAGGGUGCAUGUGCAGAGCAUGGUGGACCCGAGCAGGAUACGGGAGAAGAUGGAGCAGCUCACGGGCUACGCCCACGUUGCGGGCACGGCGGGGGACUACACCUUGGCAACCGGCAUCAAGAACGACUUUAUCGAGUACGGCCUGGAGGGCGUCAAGGUCGACAAGUACUACGUCUACCUGAACUACCCGACGGCCGCAGGGCGGGCGGUGGAGAUACUGGGGCCGGACGGCAAGCCCACCUGGUCGGCAGCGGUGGAAGAGCCCAACGUCGGCAGCCAGACAACCGGAAACCAGACCCUGGCGUUCCACGCGCACUCCAAGUCCGGCGAUGCCAAGGGCCCCCUGAUCUACGCGAAUUACGGCUCCCGCGAGGACUUCAAGAUGCUCCUCGACAAAGGAAUCGACACCAAGGGCGCCAUUGCUCUCGUCAGGCAGGGGGGCCCGUACGGAGACGUCGGGUCCAAGGUGAAGGCCGCCGAGCUGGCCGGGUUUGCCGGCUGCAUUACCUACACUGACCCCGCGGAUGACGGUUUCGUCAAGGGACGAACCGCACCCGACGGUCGAUGGCUGCCCGGAGACGCGGUCCAGAGGGGCUCAGCCAGCCUGACGAGCAUGAUCCUUGGUGAUCCCCUGACGCCGGGCUGGGAGAGCGAGAACAACCUUCCGCGACUCACUCCGGAUAAGUCUCCCGCAUUGGUCAAUAUCCCAAGCUUGCCUCUGUCGUGGAAGGAUGCCCAGCCGCUCCUGCAGCACAUCAAGGGCUACGGCCAACCCACUCCCAAGGAAUGGGUUGGCGGAGUCCCCGACGUGGGCGAAUGGUGGAUUGGCAACCUCUCCUCGCCGGUCGUGCAUCUCAAGAACGAGCAGGAGGAGCUGCAGGAGAAGGCCAUCUGGAACGUCUACGGCCGCAUUGUCGGCAUGGAGCAAAGCUACAAGUCCAUCAUCAUCGGGAACCAUCGGGACAGCUUGACCUUCGGCGCGACGGGACCUCACUCGGGAACGGCCGUCAUGCUCGAGGUAGUACGCAUCUUUGGCGAUCUUGUCGCUCGGGGAUGGCGGCCGCUGCGCACGAUCCAGUUCAUGUCCUGGGACGCGGGCGAGUACAACCUCAUCGGGUCGACCGAGUACGUGGAGAAGCACAUCGACUCCCUCCGCGAGGACGCCUUCGCCUACAUCAACCUAGACACGGCCGUGACGGGAGACACUUUCCACGCCGCCGGGUCCCCCGUCUUCCGCAAGCUCGUGCUCCAGAUCCUCAACCGCGUCUCGGACCCCUACCAGAACACCACCCUGCGAGACCUCUUCGACCGCCGGGGCGGCCAGAUGGAGGGCCUCGGCGCCGGAUCCGACUACGCCGCCUUCCAGGCCAUCGCCGGCACGUCGUCGCUCGACCUCCGCUUCGAGGGCGGUGGGCACCCGCACGGCUCCAACUACGACACCUUUGAAUGGAUGAACACGGUCGGCGACCCGGGGUUCGUCUACCACACGCUGCUCGGCCAGGUCGUGAGCCUCCUCGUCGUCGAGCUGGCCGACCGCCCCAUCGUGCCCUUCGACAUGACCUCGUACGCCGACGCCCUCCGCGGUUACGUCGACGAGCUGGAGGAGUGGGCCCGCGGCAAGAAGAAGGGCGGUGGGAGAAAGCUCAACGUCGCCGCGCUGCGCGCCGCCGCAAACGAUGCGGCCAGCGCCGUCCGGAGGUUCAACCGGUGGGAGAUGAGCUGGGAGAACAGCGUCGUGGCGGCGAACCGGUGGGAGUCGGCGGGGCUCGGCAAGCGGAGGGGCGAGUACAACAACCGCAUGGCCAAGUUCGAGACGGACCUGCUCGAUCUGGAGGCGGGUGGCGGUAUCCCCAACCGCACCCAGUUCAAGCACGUCGUCUUCGGGCCGCAGCUCUGGAGCCCCCGCGACGUGUCCCUCUUCCCGGCCGUCCGCGACGCCGUCCUGGCCGGCGACUGGGACCUCGCCGACAAGACCGUCGAGAAGGUGGCUAGGAUCAUCGCCGCGGCCGCCAGGGCCCUGGUCGAGGAGGGCAAGGAGGAGUAG